AUGCCUGUCACCAAGUCACUUUCUAAGCUCCAAAAGGGCAUGAAAAACAAGCAGCACACCAUCCACCCAAAAGGGCGUAAGCUGCAGCAAUUGAAUAAGGCCACUAUCCGUGAUGAGAAGAUCCAGACUAAAAAGAGAGCGCACAACGAGAAGAGAUCAAACGAGCUUGCGCGUGUGAAGUUUAUACAGGACGCGAUAAAUGUGGAGCAGCUUAAGGAGCAGCUGACUUUCACGCACGAGCAAUGCUUGCUGCUAAUUCGGGAGUUCAUUGGGCGUGAUGACGAUGAGCUGGAGGAGUUGAAAAAGAAAAGGCGAGCCAAUAGGCCGCCAACUAGCCGGCACCAACUGCUGGAGGCGAAGAAGCGGCUAGAGCUGGAAGAGUUAAGAACCGGCUUCCUGUGCCCAGAUCUCACGGACGCGGACAACGUCGCUUUUCUUCGGCGGUGGAACGGCACGUUCGGUGCAUUGGCGACGCUGAAAUUGGUGAGGAUCAACGAGCGGGCUGAAAGAGUUGUGGGGGGUACGAAGCCUGUGGCACAGCCUGCAGCAGCAGCAGAUGUACAUAUGGAGUGA